CCACGCUAACCAGAAUGCAGCGCGGUAUCAAUUGGAAUGUGAUUGGUGGGUGAAAACUCGCUUCAGGAAGCAGUGUGGUGAAUUACAUUUGCCAACUGAAAAUCCUCACGAUAAUCUGCCUCAGAGAUUCCAACUACAAGUCCUUCUCACAGAGUGUUGUCAUGGCUGGAAGGAGAGUCCUGGUCUUCCCUUCAUCAGCAGAGCUCGGUCCAGUCCUGGCCCAGCUGGUGACUUCACGGGCUGAGAAGGCCAUCAGCUCUCAUGGCAGGUUCACUCUGGGACUCUCUGGAGGAAGCCUUGUGUCCAUGCUUAGCAAAGAGCUGCUUGCCCUGUCAGAGCUGGACUACAGCAAGUGGUUGGUCGGUUUCUGCGACGAGCGCCUGGUUUCCUUUGACGAUCCAGAGAGCACCUACGGGCUGUACAAGAGUCAGUUAUUUUCCAAGAUCAACAUCCCCAAAAGUGGGAUCUUGACGAUCGACUGUUCUCUGCCAGUAAACGAGUGCGCUGAGGAUUACACGCGUAAACUGAAAGAGGUCUUCCCAGAUGAUGACUUCCCUGUGUUUGACCUAUUGCUGUUGGGAAUGGGGCCUGAUGGACACACCUGUUCUCUUUUCCCAGACCACCCCCUUCUGGAGGAAACCAAGAAGAUUGUGGCUCCUAUCAGUGACUCUCCCAAACCACCCCCACAGCGUGUAACUAUGACUUUCCCAGUGGUGAACUCUGCACGUUGUGUGGCUUUUAUAUCAACAGGAGGAAGCAAAGCACCCGUUUUGAAGGAAGUGUUGGAGGAUGGAAAAGCGUCACCGUUUCCAGCAGCACGAGUUGUCCCAACUAAGGGCGAGCUGUUCUGGCUUGUUGAUGAACCAGCAGCUGCCUCUUUAACUAUCCAGGUAGAGAGGCUAGGCUCAGGAGCCAAGCUGUAGAUCUGCCUGACCAAUAAAUGCAGGAAUUCAGCAUUAUGUUAAGAGCUUAAUGAAGAGUCUGGAAAAUAGUGCAGGACAUUCCUUAAUAAGUAAAAUGUUUGUGUGUGUGUGUGUGUGUGUGCGUGCGUGUGUGUGUGUGUGUGUGUGUGUGUGUGUGACUGUGGGGGUAGUGUCAAGGUACCUUUAUUAAACUUUAACCUCUUCUUCAUGUA